UGCGAGGGCACGGCAGAGGCCAAAUCAGAACAUGUGAUCUAGCUUUGCCGUCACAGAUAGGUCAGGCCUCGCUUCUCGAUUUUCUCUGCAACCCUUUGAAGAUAAGAUGGUGGUCAAGCUCUGGACAUUCGCUGGUCUCUUUGCUCUCUGCUCGCUCUCCACCGUCGCCGGCAAGAUGGAGUCGGUCAAGCGCACCAAUUGUGUCAACCUGAACAUGGCUCACUGUCACGAACAUAUGAUGUGCAAGAUCGAUAGCGGCGUGUGUGUGCCCAAAUACGGCGGCACGGCCUGAGAGUUCAUCCUGCGCAGCUAGCUGUGGCAAUGUACCGCGAUCAUGCUUGCAAUCGCUUGAAUGCCAUGGCUA